GAACUCCUUGGUAUGAUGGUUCUGUAGGAAGUUCUCAAUGUGGAAUUCCACCAAAAGGCACUUUCACUUAUAAUUUUACAACGGAUCAAGUGGGAACUUAUUGGUAUCAUUCGCAUUAUCCGGGACAAUAUAUUGAUGGAAUUUAUGGAGCAUUUAUCAUUCACGAUCCUGAAGACCCAUACUUAGAUGAAUAUGACGAAGAAUAUAUUGUAAUUUUAAGCGAUUGGUUUUAUUUGGAAAGGAUAUUUCUAGAAAGAUUAUAUUUUGAAGCCCAUUACGUUGAGCCAAAUCCAAAUAAUGGUUUGAUAAAUGGAAAAAAUAAAAUUGAUUGUAAAAUGCUUUCCCCAGAUAUAUCAUGCAAUGGUGGUGAAUAUUCGAAAUUUACUUUUAUGCCCAGAAAAAGAUAUCGUCUUCGUAUUAUUAAUACCAGUACACAGGCGGCAUUUUUCUUUUCUAUUGACAAUCAUAUUCUUGAUGUAAUCGAAAUUGAAGGAGGUUACAUAGAAAAGUAUACACUUACGACCGUUCCUGUGAACACAGGUCAAAGAUAUUCGGUAAUAGUGAAAGCCGAUCAAGAAAUUUCAAAUCAUUGGAUGAGAUCAGCUUUCGAUUAUACUGUUUACCUUAUAAAACCACAAACCGCAAAACUAUAUAAUAAUGCUAUAGUUCAUUAUGAAGGGGCUGAAGAGAAGGAACCAACUACUCAAUAUUGGAGUGAUUCCGUCAUGAGUGAAUGGAAAGAUUUAGAAAAAUUAGUUAAUCUUAAACCUUAUUAUUACGAACCAUUACCACCUAAUGAUUUAACUAUAUUGUUAAUAGCUCAUUUUGAUUUUACUGAAGGUUACAUUAAUGGAAGUAAAUAUGUACCGGAUUACAAAAUUUCAACGCUGAAUAAGAUUUAUCAAGGGGUUCAAGAAUUUGACGCAGACCAAAACGUUUUGACAUUUACACAACCUGGUCAAGUUAUUGAUGUCAUUGUAUACAAUGUGAACAAUAAGGAACAUCCCUUUCACAUGCAUGGUCAUAAAUUUUGGGUAUUAGGUACUUUCAAAUAUAAUUUUACGGACACAGUUCCUGAUCCAGCAACCUUGCCUUUAAAAAAUAAAGCCAUGAAUUUGGUCAAUCCAAUUAAGCGAGAUACUACAACUCUCAUAUCUGGAUGGAUAGUAAUUCGAUUUGUUAUAGAUAAUCCUGGAGUUUGGAGCUUUCAUUGUCACACUGAGUGGCACGUAUUAUCAGGAAUGACUGUUCAAAUUUUAGAACUGCCUAACGACAUUACGAAAUUGAACCCCCCUCAGGAUUGGAUAGAUUUAUGUAAUAAUUCGACAGCAGAUUUUGGAAAUUCAAAUAUGUCACCUGAAUUUAUUAGUGAUAUCUAA